GGAUGGUGAUUGUGGAGCGGUGGCCAGAGUGUAGACUUGGGCGUAUAUAAGGCCCGUCGACCCAGCCCAAGUCAGUCAUUCACUGGACUACCAACCCACCAAACACACACCAAACAUGAAGUGCUUUAUUGUUUUCGCUUGUCUGGCCGUAGCGACGGCGCGCGCUGGUAUCGCCCACGGUGGAUACGGUGGUGGUCACGGAGGCGGUUACGGAUAUGGUGGAUACGGACACGGAGCCGGACUUAGCGGUGGUCUCGCCGCUGGAGCUGGUACCGCUGCCUCCCUCCAGGGUGGUGCCGCUAGCUUGGGAUCCGGUGGUCUUGGUGCCAGCUACGCUGCUGGUGCUGCUGCCGCUGCUGGUGCCGCGGGAGUCCAACAAAUCGUAUCUGGUGGAGUUACCGGUGGAAGGUCCGACAUUGGACCCGCUGAGGGACCCAAGGCCAACGUAGGACCCCAGUCUGGCCCAUCUGACCUCGUAGGACCCCAAGAGGGAGCCAAAUCCGUUGGAGGACCCCGUACCGGACCAUCCAGCCUUGUUGGACCCGCUGCUGGCCCAUCCACCCUCGUAGGACCAUCCCAAGGAACCGCCACCCUCGUAGGACCAUCCCAGGCUACCGCUAACCUCGUUGGACCCAGCUACGGUGGAGUCGCUUUCUACGCCGGAUCCGGUGGAAUCAACGGUGACGACGGUAGCUCUGGCUCCGCUGCUGCUGCUGCUCCCGGAGGUGGAUUCGGAGGUCUUGGUGGUGGAUUCGGUGGUGCUGGUGCCAUCGCUGUCAUCGGAGGAGGAGGCCCCGGUAUUGCCGGUGGUAUUGGCGGACACGACGCCGGAGUUGCUGUGAUCAACGGACCAUCUGGCGCCAUCCACGCCGGUCUCGGCUCCCACGGAGCUAUCAUCCCCGCCCCCAUCCACAAGUGGUAAGACGGUCUUAGACCCCAGCGAUCUCGGCUCGGCGACGGCGGCAAACCCACCACGGUCAUACCGGUCAGCGAACGCGUUACCAACGUCGGAGCUUCGUCCAACCUCGGAGCAUGGCAGCUAUAUAGAGUAGUCAGUCGGACACUCCGUCAGAAUCAUCUAAUUGCUCGUCCAAUCAUCCUAACAUCACGUGAUCAUACCGCGAGAGACAAUGAGAUACGUGUUUAACAAACAAUUCGACCAGUGCCUGGCGAGGCGCGAUCAAGCGGUUCCCAUUACCCACCCCAAGAGAAAUCAUCAUCUCGUGGGAAUAUCUAGUAAAUUUUACACUUCAUCGUGAGACCGCAACCGCGAUAUCGUGCAGCGACAGUGCGCUACUACGGCUCGAUCGUAUGUUCAUAUACGAAUCUCGUAAAUCGAGCGGACUUCUCAUCAACAUCGAGAAGAUUACGCGAUAAGCUCCGUCAUGAGCCCAGUCAUAGGACAAGCUUUGCCGCUUCUAUGGUCGAUACACAACCGAGCUGAUUCUUCUGUUUUCUGAACAAUCCACUCGCUUGCAUCUCGACACUUCCAAUUCUCUUACAUCUUCCAUCUUUUGUAGGCCGACGCUCUCACUCACAUAUACUAUCCCUUGUUGAGGAAACCCAAGUUUCCUCACAGUUGUUAUACUCACUGCCGCACCCAAGCAUACAUAUUAUUAUUACAUACUCGUCCAUGCAUAUGUCUUCUAUAUAUAUAUUUAUAUAUAUAUACACAAAUAUAUAUAUAUAUACUAUUACUAUACCUACUACUUCUUCACACAUAUAUAUAUCAAGUACAUAAAAUGCAGAGCCAACGCAAUGUGUCUUUAGUAUGGACGUAUAUAUAUAUACAUGCAUAUACAUACAAGUACCCGUGUUAUGUGAAGGAGACCGGUAGAUUAUGGUAGGUCAGCCGUUCCCGUGAGUGAAUGAAUGUACAUAGAAGGCGCGCCGCCGCCGGCCCCCGACCCCGCCCGCCCUCGUCAUACCCUUUCUAUGCGAUCACUACUAGCACCCCACCACCACCAUAGAUAGAUACCACGUAUUUAUAGCGUUUAUACAUUUAUACAAUACUUUAUAUAAAAUAAAGCAUCAGUAUUUAAAACUCAA